UUAGUGGAGUGGGGGUAAUGAUGGGUACUUCAGUCUGUUGGUUCACACCUCUUACAUUAAGUUUGAUUGACCCCGCCCCUCCUAGAGCGCUUCUCCAGUCUAAAAGUCACCAGCAUUUUGAGAGUCCGGCUCUCGGUGGUUCAGAAAAGAAGUGAAGAAAAGUGCUCAGAGCAGGAAAGCCCCAUCCCUAUGCACAAGUUUAGCACUUCAAACCACAACCGCUUUUGAGCACCAAAGUUUGAAGAACUACAAGAGGAUGUCUUUGCCUUCAUAAAAGUCAUACAUUUUAAUGGAAGAUUUCACUGGAUUUAUACAACUUUUUGUAAAUAUUCCUUCCGUUAUUCUUAUGUCCUAGAGAGCAGCUUUUGAAGAAUAACGUCUCUGAUUAUCAGCACUUCUAUUAUUUUUCAACGAAAUCCGGCUGAAUCUGCGACUUUAUUUUCACGAUAAAGCUGAAAGUCUCUGAAUGAAUGUUGAAUCCUUCAUUCGGUUUAUGUGUAAAUCUUCCUUUGGAUCCAAAUGAGCUCUCAUGGAUUAUAAACUUGAGCAAUGAUGAACUUUGACAUUGUCCGUCUUUGCCGUCUACGCGCUUUUAAGUAGUGAGAGAACUCGUGUUGCAGCAUAGCUGAAGAUGGGCCACCUGGGCACCCAGACUUUGGUGCUGAUGAUGCUGGCAGUGUUGCCGGAUGCCGGACUCUCCUGCCCACACCCCUGUGCCUGCUACCAGCCCACGGAGGUCCACUGCACCUUCCGCUCCCUUCUCACGGUACCGGCGGGGAUCCCCAAACACGUGGAGCGCAUGAACUUGGGUUUUAACACCAUAAAUAGGAUCACAGAGAGCUCCCUUGCUGGAUUAAGAAAGCUGGAACUGCUGAUGAUGCAUGGAAAUGACUUGCAUAGCAUCCCCAAUGGAGUCUUUAGAGACCUGAUGUCACUGCAGGUGCUGAAGGUGAGCUACAACAAGCUGAGAGUGAUCACCGGACACACUCUCCAGGGGCUCUCGGGGCUGAUCCGCCUGCACCUGGACCACAACCGGAUUGAGCUGAUCCACCCAGAUGCCUUCCAGGGGCUGACUGCCCUGCGCCUGGUCCAGCUGGAGGGUAACCACCUGCAGCAGCUCCACCCCUCCACAUUCAGCACUUUCUCCCUGCUGCAGCACUUCCGCAUGUCCACCCUCAAGCACCUGUACCUGUCCGACAACAGCCUAACCACACUUCCCAGGCAGAUGUUGAAGAGCAUGCCCCAGCUGGAGAACCUGUUCCUGCAUGGGAACCCCUGGACCUGUGACUGCAGGUUGAAUUGGUUCUUGGAGUGGAGUACACAGUCUUCAGGUGUGCUGAAAUGUAAGAAGGAUAAGGCUUACGCGAGUGGUCAGCUGUGCCCAAUGUGCUCCUCGCCCAAACCCCUGAGGGAGAAGGACAUUUUAGACCAGCAGGACCUCACUUGUAGCGGUCCCGUCAUCAGUUCCCCCCAGAAGGAGACCACGCCUGAGGACAAUGAAAGUGAGGUCCUGCCUCUAGAGGAGUUCAAAGAACCCUUUGGGAAUAUGACACUGAACCUGAUGGACGAGCAUGGGAAUGCUGUAGACCUGGACUGUAGCAUCAGGGAGCCCAGGGAGUCCACCAAGAUCAGCUGGGAACACCUCAACCCCCAGCAGAUAGCAGCCAACAUCAGCCUCUUUCUGGACCUGGAGUGCCCUAUAGAUCGCAGCAACUAUGAGAAACUGUGGAAGCUCAUCGCCUACUACAGCGAGGUGCCUGUUCACCUGCAGAGGGAGAUCAUGCUGAGCAAAGAGCCUAAGCUAAGUUAUAGGUACAAGCAGGAUAUAGAGAAAGAUGCCUACUAUUACACAGGGGUGAAGGCUAACGUGCGGUCUCAGCCCACCUGGCUCAUGCAGUCAUUCCUCAACCUACAGCUUAACCGGCCACAGUCAACCGGGAAGAUGGUCAAGCUGAUCCUGAACAUGCACACCUCCCAGAUGGUGGAGACUGAAAUUAUGAGGAGGCAGAGAAGGAAGUGGGUCAUGAUUGAGUCAAACAACCGGACUCGAACUGUGCAGAGCGUGGUGGCGGGCGGCAUGAGCGAGAUGGACUGCGCUGUCCAGAGCUCCGAUGACGUGUCCAUCCAGUGGAUGCUGCCAGAUGGGUCCAAGGUGCCCGCGCCAUAUUAUAGCUCGGACAACCGGGUCUCCGUGUCCAGCGCGGGAAGGCUGGUGAUAAAAGCAGUGGAUCAUUCUGACGCAGGUGUGUACUACUGUAUUGCUCGUGUGAGGGAGGACCUGGACAUGCUCCCUUUCCGCCUCUCAGUGGAGGAGUCCUCCGGCCCGCCACCCGGAGGUGAAGGAGGUGCCCGCCUGGACAAACUGGCAGGCGAGGUUAUCUCCUUGCCCUGUGCCUCCACUGGCACCCCAGACGCCGAGGUCAACUGGGUCUUGCCAGAUGGCAAUGUGGUGAACUUCAAAGCAAACUCCACCAGGGCAUUCGUAUACUCGAAUGGGACACUGUUUAUUCCCCAGAGCCAGGUGAUCGAUAAUGGAUAUUAUAAAUGUGUGGCCAUGAACCAGCAUGGUGUGGACUCCAUGGCAACAAAGGUAACAGUCACACGCAAACAAGGGGGGGCAUCUCGGCCCCUAAGGAAAUUUCCCAUGAGACCUCAGCCAGCCUCUGGCAUUUCCACUAAAAUAAAAGUGGAAAAUGACGAAGAGUCAUCUGGCGAUGAUGAUGAUGUCCAGGAAAAGGCUCCCUCAAGCCGCAUUUGGCCAAUGAACCGAAGGCGUGGCCAGCAGACCAACGUGCGUGGACAUCCAUUUAGGCAACCCUGGAGACGAGUUAAUGGGCAGAGGAAGCCAGUACGGAAGGGUUCCCGUGUUGAGGAGGGGAGGAACACGGUAGAUACCAGAAGAAGGGUCAGCAUGUCUAACAACAAAAUAGAUCCUCAGAGAUGGGCUGACAUUCUGGCAAAGGUGCGGGAUAAAAAUCCAAAAACCACAACUCCUGGCUCAGACCAAUCCACAGCAACAACACAAACAAUGCCGCCCUUGACAGCUGCUGAAAGGCGGUCAGAAUCUCAUGAGAAUACAGAAGGAUCUUCCACUGAUGAUACAAGCCUGCAAGAGGAGAGACUGUAUGUAAUCACCACACCACAAAUUCCAGUCCUGCAUUCUCAGGACCACCUGGUCACCGAGCCCUCCUAUACAGGGGAGAAGACUAACAACAUUUACCAAAUAUCUGCACCCAAAACUAACAUUGACUCACAGGCUGUGACAACUAGCACUCAUAUUUCACAGUCCACAUCUGGUCCACAGGAGUCCACUUAUAUUGUCACAGACAUAAAGAAGGUGGGGGAGUACAAGGAUAACAGUUUGAGGACCAGUACACCCUACAGUGGGGCUGUCUGGGAAAGUCAGAGUGAUACAAUAGAAAGCAACCUGGCUGUAACAGCUCCUAAUUUCCCACUCAGUACUGGGAGCAAUCAAGAGUUGGAAAGGGUCAGUGAUACCACAAAAACCUCACAAGAUGAGGGAUAUCAAGGGAGAAUUGAACAAACAAGUCCAUCUUCGGUCAGGCUUCUUGACCUAGAGCCUAAUGCAGAUAUAGGUGUAGAACCUAAUUAUUUCACCACAAUAACAGCAACAACAUCAAUAACUUCAAUAUCACCACAAACAAAAAUAGCAUCAACAUCAACAACAGCUACACUGAGAACCAAGCUGACUCAUGCAGCUGAUGAGAAACAGAAAAGACUGCAGUUUGGGGAGCUUACUACCACCACUCCAGCCACCCAACCCACUGCAGCUGGCAGCAGAGACACGGGACUGGGUCUGCAGUCGAGCUCUGUCCCAUCGCGUUCCAGAAACCCGUCGCACUCCAGGAGGCGGUUUGGCAGCAGGAGAAGGCCUAACAGGAUAAGAAACAAGAUAAAUAACAGCAACCCAUCUGCACGCCUGCCCACCGCAAGACCACAGCUACCGUCAUCCCCCAUGAUUGAGAGAGAAGCCCCCCAACCGACGAUCAUUACGACCGCAGCUGCGUCUACUACUGAAAUGCAAACAUCAGCAAAUGCCAAGAGCAUUCUGACCAAACUCACGGAUCCUUUAACAGAGAGCCCGCCAUCGUCAGCCAGGACGAGCCAGACGGAAAGCCAAGUCUUAUUGAGCCACGGCGACAGGGCUGACUCAGCCACUAAAACUGAGACCGAACACAAUGUUUCAUCAAUUCAGAAGGAGGCUGCUAUAUCGACCAUCCAACCACCGCACACUUUCAGGAAUACAUUAUCAUCGAUGCAGUCCUUAGAAAGCUCUGUCAGCCCGGGGACUCACAAGCGGACAGAGGAGCACGAAACAGCCACCUCGGCCCCCCCACCUACACCACUGAGUCGUGAAACUGUCACACCAGCAGCGGUUCAGGGGGAAUUUACAAGCAUGAGUCAUCCAGCUGUUAAACCUUUUGAAGAGACUGAGACUGAAAACAGCACAGAAGACGCCAGCUCUGUGCUAAGCCCUCAUAGGCCUUCAGAUAAUUCCCGCAUGCAAACAGGAAUGCUACCGGGAAGAGAUACGUUUAAAAUACAUAACCAGCACAAUUCCACAGAUUCUGAGCUAACACCACCUGGGAGACAGACUACACCAAAGUAUCCACUGCAUCCCGUGUCCUCUCCUCCCCUGGAAAGGCUAGCAAACCCCCAAAAUGGGGCUACCAGAACUCAGGAUUCACAAAUCUCCCAGGGUCAUACUAAACCAAACCUACAAAAAGAAACCCAGGAGAGGAUGGGGAUAUUACAUCCUCUUCAGAUACCAUCAACAGAGAAACCAUUAACAUCAACAAGUUCAUAUCAAGGACCGGUUCUGACUAAAACAGCUACCACUGCAAAACCUAAACUUGCUGUAACUAGGGAAUAUAAACAAAAUACAAAUCUUGCCAUACCUGUCAAACCAGAAUUUACAUCAAGUGAGGAAAAGGUCCUGUCACCCAGGAAAGAUAACAUCCCAGAUACUACAAUGAGAAAAGCCACAACAAUAACCACAUCAGUGAUAACCACCUCCAUAGCUGUCACUACGACAACAGGAAAAACAACAACUUCUACUACAACAACAGCAUUGCCCAGGCUGAGACCAAAUGCACCAUUGCCUGAAUUCAACAGGGAACAACCUAGGCUACCUCACAGUCCAAGGAAUCCUGGAGGAAAUUAUAUUCCUGACCAGCACGGAGGGAGAGCACCCAGCACCAAUCAGAGGUUCCCUUAUUACCCAAACAGCCGAAACCCUUUCAUCAUCAGCAGGCCCAGUCUCUUCGGAUUACCUGAUAGGACAAGGCCACCUGCCACUAACCCAACAAGCUUUUCAUCAGCUAUCAAACCUGGUUCAGUUAAUAAUGCCCAAACAACCACCACCACUAAACCCCCAGACACAACAAAACCACCAAAGGCUUUGACAGCUGCCCCAAGAACAACUUCCAGCACCACCUCGAGCACCACAAAACCAAAGACGCUCCCGUCUAAGACCACCGCUCAGCCUCGACUUGGUCAGGAGGCGAGAGUGAGACCUCCAAACACGCCAUUUUCCCCAAACACAGCAAUCACUCAGAAUGUUUCCAGAGACUCUCACAGGACCCCAGUAGGACCAGUUCAAAGGGGCAGACCCAGGAUCACCACCACAAACAUCCAUACUGUGUCGGUGCAUGCAGAGAUGGAUGCUGCCCUGCCCUGCAGCUCACUGGGGGAGCCCAAGCCUUUUCUGUCCUGGACUAAAGUUUCCACUGGAGCUAUCAUGGCACAUAACAGCAGGCUCCAGAGGUUUGAGGUGCAGUCGAACGGGACCCUGGUUAUCCGGAACGCGCAGCUCCAGGACCGAGGGCAGUACCUGUGCACGGUGCAGAACCCCCACGGCGUGGACAAGAUGACGCUGACGCUGGUGGUCCUGGCCCAGCUCCCCAGGAUGGUGCAGCCACAGCAUCGCGAUGCCACCGUGUACCUGGGGGACAAUACCAGCCUGGACUGCGUGGCGCAGGGUCUCCCCACCCCUCACAUCACCUGGGUGCUGCCGGACAGAGGGGUUCUCCGAGCCACCAGCAGCUCCGAGCAGCGCGUGAUGCUCCUGGCCAACGGGACACUCCAGAUUAAUCAGGUCAACUACCCGGACCGCGGGAUUUACAAAUGCAUCGCCAGCAACGCGGCGGGGGCCGACACGCUGUCCGUGCGCCUGCACGUGGCCGCCCUCCCCCCCAUGAUCCAGCAGCUGAGGCAGGAGAACUUCACCCUCCCCGAGGGCCACGCCCUGCACGUCCACUGCACCGCCAAGGGCGCCCCGCGACCCAGCAUCCGCUGGGUUGUCUUCGACGGCACGCAGAUCCGCCCGUCGCAGUUCGUCAAUGGCAACCUCUUUGUCUUCCCCAACGGCACGCUGUACAUCCGUAGCCUUACGCCCAAGGACAGCGGGAACUAUGAGUGCAUGGCCAGCAACGCGGUGGGAGCUGCCCGCAGGACAAUCCGACUCAACGUGCGGAAGAGCACCUCCAUGGCCCGCAUCACCUCCACCUCCCCGCAGCGCACUGACGUCUCCUACGGGGGCAACCUGCGCCUCGACUGCCUGGCUUCUGGGGACCCGGGACCCCGAAUCAUCUGGAGGAUUCCCUCAAAGAAGCUGGUGGAUGCCCACUACAGUUUUGAUUCCAGGAUCAAAGUGUUCAGUAAUGGCACGCUGUCAGUCCAGGCAGUAACAGAGAAGGAUGAGGGUGAUUACCUGUGUGUGGCCAGGAACAAGAUGGGGGACGAUUACGUGCUCCUGAAGGUCAGCGUGAUGAUGAAGCCAGCCAAGAUCGAGUACAAGCAACUGUCCAAUCAGAAGGUGUCGUACGGGGGAGACCUAAAGGUGGACUGCAUUGCCUCUGGCCUUCCCAACCCCGAGAUCCGGUGGGGGCUGCCAGACGGCACCAUGGUGAACAGUGUCAUGCAGUCAGAUGACAGUGGGGUACGCACUCGGAGGUACGUGGUCUUCAACAACGGGACCCUUUACUUCAACGAGGUGGGAAUGAAGGAGGAGGGAGACUACACCUGCUACGCUGAGAACCAGAUCGGCAAGGACGAAAUGAAGGUCCAUAUCAAGGUGGUGGCCGAUUCCCCAGCCAUCAAGAGCAAGACAUUCAGCGUCGUCAAAGUGCCCUAUGGUGAUUCCGUCGCCUUGAAGUGCAGCGCCAAGGGAGAGCCGACACCGGCCAUCACCUGGCUGUCUCCCACCAACCGAAUCAUCCCGCCAGCAUCAGACAAAUACCAGGUACACAACGACGGGACACUCCUCAUCCAGAAGGCCCAGAGGUUUGACAAUGGAAACUACACCUGUAUGGCCAGGAACACAGCCGGGCAGGACAGGAAGAUAAUCAGGGUGGAGGUCCUGGUGUCUGCACCCACAAUCAAUGGGCAGAGCGGUGUGGUGAGCACUGUCAGGGAGACAGCCUUCAGGGACCAGCGCAAGCUCCUGGACUGCAAGGCAGAAGGGACACCUAUCCCCCGAGUCAUGUGGGUCCUGCCCGAAAAUGUGGUGCUCCCCGCGCCGUACUACGGCAGCCGGAUAACGGUCCACCGCAAUGGCACCCUGGACAUCCGGUCCCUGAGGAAGACAGACUCGGUCCAGCUGAUAUGCAUCGCCCGCAAUGAGGGUGGCGAAGCCCGGCUGGUGGUCCAUCUGGAUGUGAUGGAGAUCGCAGAGAGGCUUCAGCUCAGGAGCCCGAAAACAGAGAACCUCUUGCUCACCAUUGGCAGCCCCAUGGCAGUCAACUGCUCCGUGGAGGGCAGGCCGACUCCUGAGGUAACAUGGAUCCUCCCCAGCGGGUCCCUUCUCCUUAGCGGCACCCAGUUUUCCAGAUUCUUCCACAGGCCAGAUGGCACACUGCACAUCAGCAACCCCUCUCCGUCCGACGCUGGAAUUUACCGAUGUGUUGGUCGAAACCCGACCGGACACGUCGAGCGCGCCGUCACCCUGGAGCUUGGGAGAAAACCGGAAAUCAGCAAUAAGUACAACUCAUUGGUGAGCAUCAUCAAUGGAGAGAACCUGCAGCUGCACUGUCUGUCUGGCGGUACACCAUUGCCCCGGCUUACCUGGACCCUCCCGAGCGGGCUGUUCCUGACCCGGCCCCAGAGAAUGGGCCGUUACGCUGUCCUGCAGAACGGCACUCUCACGGUCCAGCAGGCCUCGGUCUACGACAGGGGCACAUACACCUGCAAGUCAGCCAAUGAGCACGGCUCGACGCUGAUGACAGUGCCCGUGAUCGUGAUCGCGUACCCUCCCCGCAUCACCAGCGGCCCCGCCCCGGUGACCUACGCCAGGACGGGCGUGGCCAUCCAGCUGAACUGCAUGGUCAUUGGCAUCCCCAAAGCAGAGGUGGUAUGGGAGUUGCCUGAUAAAAUGCAGCUGAUGGCUGCCCAUCAGCCCCGGGUCUUUGGAAACAAGUACUUACACCCGCAAGGGUCCCUAAUCAUACAGAACCCAUCCAGCAGAGACACAGGCUUUUACAAGUGCACUGCGAAAAAUGUAAUCGGGGUGGACACUAAGGCCACGUAUGUACACGUCUUUUGAUCAGUGAAGAGGUUCAGGUUGUCCCAUGCCCGAGAAACUGCGGAACACAGUGCAGAAAAUACUGUCUAUGCAAAAUUUAUAUAUAUAUAUUUUUUGGAUACUUUGAAGUAAAAGUAGCCAAACUCAGCUAAUCAGUGUAAAUAUGUAGUCCUUUAGAUAAGAAGCACAGGGAUUCAAAGUCAAGCCAUAUGUUGUUAUUAUCUGCUCUGGAAAGUAUUGGUAUCACAGUAUUAAGGCAUGGAAAGUAAGCAGAAAUAUACGACAGAAAUAUACAAUUAAAUUAUUAGAUGGACUGGAAAUUGACUACCAAAUGUAUAUGAAUGAUGGCGUUUAAAAAAAAAAAAAAUUUGUUUAAAAAGAUAAUUUUCUUAGUUUAUUUCUGUUACCAUAGCUUAAUAACAUUUUUCUGACAAUGACAACUCGUCAAAUUGUAUCAAUAAUUACAGAUAAUUUUUUUUUUGUUAUGUCGGUAACUGUUAAUCUAAAUUAGAUGGUGCUGAAUCAAAAAUGUGAUGUCUUAGAAUGCCAGACAACUUCAGGGAUCAAAGCAAGAACUGCCAUUACAAUGCACAUCACAAAUAUUAUAAAUAUGCUCUAGUUCAUUACCAAGGAAAGGAAAAAUAAUCACUUGGAUCUAAUCCAAUGAGCAUUUUUAUACAUCAGUAUUUUAAUUUCUUUCAUUAAUUCACCAUAUUUUACUCACACCUACAAUAUUCAAGAGUGCCUUUGUUAUUACAUAAGCCUAUUUGACAGUGCAUCAAUAAAAGGGCAUUUAUUUCUUCAGGUUACAAAUAUAGUUACCUUCCUAUGACCAGUCAGUUUGGUCAAUGCUCUCCACAGUGCCUUAACCUGUUCAUUAAUCUAUCACCUUUCUUUGAGAAGAUUAACAAGACUCCCACCACACCCCCCCAUACCAUUCUUUAUUACGACUUCUUCAGGUCUUUUCUGCCGUGCACAGAAUCAGAUUUGAGAAGAACCGCCCCGCCUCCACAUGAAUAUUCAGUGUGUUCUCUGUUUCACCUCUUCUCAUUUUCACCAGGAUGAGAGAAUGAAAUUACACAAGACAGGCCUAUUUUCCCCAAAUGAAGGUGCAUUGCUGUUGAACCCAGCUCUCUGCCUGAUUUGUUGAAAAGACAAUACAUAUUGACCUGGUUGAUUAACUAUGAAUGGUAUAUCCCCUAAUAUUUUUUCCUUGUGGAUCUGCCUAAGGGUCUGAGGGGGGUCCUGAAUCAUCUGUGUCACAUUUCUUUAUACCCAAAAGGAAUAUCUCAUGCCAUGGUCAGUACUCCUGCUUUUUUAAAUUAUUUGUCUUUAAAAGACUCUGAUGUGUAGCUAUGUUUAUAUGGUAAGUCUAUAUAAUGUACAUCUGUAAGAAAGAAAGAAUCAUGCUCUGGGAGUUCUGAGCAACUGCUAUAUUUUGAAUAGUUAGAAUUUUUUAAAUAAAGAACAAAAUGAAUUCA